GCGUGCCGCGGCGCGGCCCGCGUCCGCCCCGCGGCCCUGGCCGCGCGGUACGCGUCGUCCCACGGCGCCGGCGGCUCGAGGCGUCCCGUCGCCGGGUUCACCCAGCAGCCCUCCACGAGCGUCUCGUCGCGCCGCGGCGCGCGGCCGCCGCCCGCCGCGAAGGCGUACACCGCCGCCGCGCCGAGCGCCAGGAGGACGGCGCCCGGGCCGAAGAGCCGCUCCAAGGACGUGACGGGCGCCGCGGUCCCGGCGUUCGCGCGCGCGCGCGCCCGGCUCGCCGCCGCCGCGUCGCCCUCCCAGGCGGGUUUGUGCGCCUCGUCGUGGAGCGCUCGCUUCGCUUUGUCUCCGAUGAUUUCCCAGGCAUCGGCGAUGGCCCGGAAGCGCGUCGCGUCGCCGCUCCGGUCGGGGUGGUGCUGCUUGGCGAGGCGGAGGUACGCCUCCUUCGCCUCGGCUCGUGUUGCUGUUGGAGGUACGCCGAGCGUGUCGUACGGGCAGCUGCCGAGGCGCCGCCGCGAUGCUCGCCGGAGGUGGUGGACGAGGGGGCGUGCGCCCAGCAUGUGUGCAGAUGUCUAAGCCAGGCUGUGCUGCAGCGCACUUAGCUAAAAAGCCUCGGUAGCAAGUAAUCGAUCGAAAGAAUGAAUUCUAUCACAAUAACGCUACCCUUGCGGCGCGAGACAGCGGCCUGCGCAGGCGUGUGCGGCAACCAGGUUGCUAGUGCCUUACAGCACGCUAGCCUCGCAUCUUCGCGUUUUUGCCUUUUUCACAUCAACGCGAGCCAGUGGCGCUUGCGUGCGCGUUGAAGUGCUCUCGCAGCAGUUUCAGCGAGCCGUCGUCAGCCAAGAGCGCUGCGCGUCGGCCGCGCAGCACGAGAGCCCACACGCUGCGCCGCCGCCGGCCGCACAGCAGCCAAGCCCUGCAAACAUGGCCCCGCGCCGCUAUACCGGCCCUCUGGCGGCCUUCUGGAUCUUUUUACUGGUGGCCUGGGGCCUCAACGCCACGGCCAUAUCGAUGGGCAUCAGGACGCUGCUCAGUCGACUCGGCCUCUGCAAAGCACCGACGCACAUGGAGUUUUUACAAGCACUGAUGGCCUUCCUACAACCAGUGAUUGUGGAGCGGGGCCAGCCGCCGUCCGACGAGGGCUGCAUUGUGCUCUGCAACCACGUGAACUGGGCUGAUUUCGUCCUGGACAUUGUGUUUCUACCAAGAGGUGUUUUUGUGUCGAGGAAUGCGUUAUAUGUCGUCUUCUGGCCGGCUUCUUUCCUAAGAGACUGGAUGUUUAGCGACAUGAUCUUCUUCAAGCGGUCCAAGACCGUCAACAGUAAAGCGAAGCAGGACCUCUACGAUAGGGUAGCGCAGAAGUGCCAAGAUGGAAGGCACGUCAUUGUGUAUGCGGAGGGCACGCGGAACAACACGGGCGUCCAGAAACCGCUCAAGGUCGGUCUGAUCAAGCUCGCCUACGAACGAAAUAUACCUUUAUAUGUCUCGAUGGUCGCGAACAAGGAGGCUAUUGUGGAUGAGAAGCGCCUCUCCGUGACCUUCGGCGCCGAGGUGCGCAACGCCAUGAGCGGUCUCGUGCGGCCGGGCGACCACGCGGACUUCGCCUCCUUCCUGCAAGCGGCGCAGGGCGCCUGGGACGGCGUCUGGGCGCGGACGCAUAAGAGCUAG